UUCGAACGAAUUUCCAUUUCCCCAAGGCGCAAACGGUCUCUCUCUCUCCCUUCUUGUUCACGGUCAAGUUCCCACCUGGACGCCUCUUCUUUCCCUUCACUCUCACGUCGUACCCUCUCUUCCUCCAUCUCUUCCUCCCCCCUCUCUAUAUAUACCUCAUAUCUAUAUGCGUAACUGAAUAUAUAACCAGCAGAGCAGAAAGAAAGAAAGAAAGAAAGAAUGGUUGAGAAGGUGAGAGCGAACUGUAAUUAUUCUGGUCGGGUCGUGGAGGGACCGACGAACCCGAUCGUAACGCCUCUUUUAACGGAUCUUUAUCAGUUUACAAUGGCUUAUGCUUAUUGGAAAGCCAAUAAACAUCAAGAGCGAGCUGUGUUUGAUUUAUAUUUUCGUAAGAAUCCGUUUGGUGGGGAGUACACAGUGUUUGCUGGUUUAGAAGAAUGCAUCAGGUUAAUUGCUAAUUUCAAGUUCACCGAGGAUGAUAUCUCUUUCAUCCGGGAGAGUCUUCCUGGUUCAUGCGAGGAUGGUUUCUUUGAUUAUCUUAGAGGAUUGGACUGCUCAGAAGUCGAAGUGUAUGCCAUUGCAGAGGGUUCAGUAGUCUUCCCAAAGGUUCCUCUGCUAAGAAUAGAAGGACCAAUUGCUGUGGCUCAAUUGCUGGAAACCCCAUUAGUGAAUCUUAUCAAUUUUGCAUCUUUAGUGGCAACAAAUGCAGCUAGGCAUCGAUUUGUUGCUGGAAAAUCAAAAAUUCUUCUUGAGUUCGGGCUUCGACGGGCUCAGGGACCUGAUGGUGGGAUAUCGGCGUCAAAAUAUUGCUACCUUGGAGGGUUUGAUGCAACAAGCAAUGUUGCAGCCGGACGGUUAUUUGGGAUACCUCUACGUGGGACUCAUUCCCAUGCAUUUGUCAGCUCAUAUAUGAGCCCUGAUGAGAUCAUAGACAAGUCGCUUCAAAGUGCUGAUGGAUCAAGUAGUUGCAAGGACUUUGUCAGUUUAGUUCAGACAUGGAUAAAUAAAAUUCAGUGGUCAAAUUCCUUACGUGGUAUUUUUGGUGAGACCAAUCAAAGUGAGCUAGCAGCUUUCACCUCCUAUGCCUUGGCAUUCCCUAGAAGCUUUUUAGCUCUUGUGGACACAUAUGACGUAAUGAGGAGUGGAAUCCCAAACUUCUGUGCAGUUGCUCUAGCACUUAAUGAUCUUGGAUAUAAAGCGGUAGGCAUCAGAUUAGAUUCUGGUGAUCUAGCAUAUUUGUCCUGUGAGGCGCGGAAGUUCUUUAGCGCCAUUGAGAAAGAAUUUGGAGUGCCUGGUUUUGGAAAGAUGGGCAUCACUGCUAGUAAUGACCUCAACGAGGAAACUUUAGAUGCUCUAAAUAAACAGGGUCAUGAAGUAGAUUCAUAUGGUAUAGGAACCUAUCUUGUAACUUGCUAUGCUCAAGCUGCUUUGGGUUGUGUCUUCAAGCUUGUUGAAAUAAACAAUCAGCCUCGCAUCAAACUUUCUGAAGAUGUUUCAAAGGUUUCUAUACCAUGCAAAAAGCGGUCUUAUAGAUUGUAUGGAAGAGAAGGGUACCCACUGGUGGACAUAAUGACAGGGGAAAAUGAACCAUCUCCAAAGGUGGGAGAACGGAUACUGUGUCGCCAUCCUUUUAAUGAAUCCAAGAGAGCGUAUGUGGUUCCACAGCAGGUUGAGGAGCUUCUAAAGUGUUAUUGGCCUGGGAGCUCAGAUAAACCAAGAGAAGAUUUACCUCCCCUCAAGGACAUUAGAGAUAGCUGUAUCAAGCAGCUUGAGCGAAUGCGUCCUGAUCAUAUGAGGAGGCUUAACCCAACACCGUACAAGGUGAGUGUAAGCGCAAAACUGUAUGAUUUCAUCCAUUUCCUGUGGCUCAAUGAGGCACCUGUCGGGGAGUUGCAGUGAGGAUGGGUCACCAAAUAAGAUACUUGGAGCACUGUACAAAAAUGCAGGUCAAGUAAUGAUUCCAAUAAAGUUGGAGGAGCACUCAACAUAUAGAUGAUUCACUUUUCAUAAAGAUGAACCUUGGCCUUGAUAAACCGAUAUGUUUCCCUAUUUAUUAAUAAAGUUAUUGAUUGUUUUCCUUUUCUCCAA